AUGGAAUACACCAUUUCGCGCUUCCUCAUUGCUGUAGCACAUUGUGCCACCGAUUCAACGAAGGCGGCUGCUUUGGGGGCAGAGUUACAAGCAACGCCGAAACCGUCGUCCACAAUUUACUGUAUUUUACGCUCGUCGUUCUCCAAUUUUAGCCCUCCAAAAAUAUUCAAGGGUGUGCCUGCUCUGCCCACAUACGAGGAUGCCACGAAACGUGGCAUGUAUUGCAUAAUCAGGGAGUCAGACAUUACCGCUCCGCCGCCCUACCAAUACCGGGUCCCUGAUGAUGAUUGUGAUGACGACGAGGCGGGUCCCCUCAGUGGUGGGGCCAACGGGGCCUCCCAUGAGGCUGCCGUUUUCGCGUCCAUCUCGUCAUGGGAUUUCGACGCCUACGGUGUUCACAGAGGGUCCGUCAAUAGCAUGCCGGAGUUUUCGUCGAUUUUCGGGCCACCCGACUCGCCCUAUCCAGGGGACGUAAGUUCACACUGAGUCCCCAGUGACGCCGACUGGCGCAAGCCCAGUUGUCUUCUUGCCGAUGCGAAGAUUCACCCCACCGCCUUCACCCGCGGGCCAAACUAUUUUAAUAAAGUCCAACUCAACGCCUUCCCUCCUUCCUUGCUGUGUAAUUUUUUGUGCUUCUUUUUGACUCUUUGGCCGUCUUAG